ACCGAUCAUACUCGGUCUCCAGACUGCGCAAACCUUUCAUCAACUUUUCCACUUCUUUCCGUGGUCGUUUGGUGCAGUAAGAAUACUAAGACAGAAGAAGCAACACCUGCACUGGCUUGCGACCCGACUUUACAGUACCCCGCCCCGCCUCUGUGGUCGAUGUUGUCUCUCGCUUCUCCAUCGGGACUUGCCUCCUCGUAACUCUACAGUAUUUGGUAAUGACCCAAAAGUAUGAGUAUACAUGUAGCUCUACAUGUACCAAGUUCAACAAACGAAAAUCGCAUCGGGAAUUGGUGGCAGUCGCUUCUCCUUUAUGUCGCCGACUCGACUACGUGACAUCUGUACAUGAUGGUUCUGUCGGCUCUGCAGGCCUCUGUGGUCAGUUGCGCCUCAACGACAAGGGGAUUGUUCCCCUUCCCGAAUCACCGCCAAUCAGCUCCAGCGGAUCCAGUCAGACUCUCCCCCACCGGUCGAUCAGGCAUCCUCAUCUGGAAAUCUAAGAGAACAUCUUGACAUCAACCUAUGUAAGCUGUGAAUUUUCAUUUUCAGCUGCAUAAGGCCUCUACUUCUGCUUUCCACUCCAACAACCCUCGCACAAUUUAUGAGCCUCUUUCAAUUACAUUUUCAAUUUCUAGCGCCGCGUCCUUUCCUCGUAUAUCAUGUCCCGUAUCUCUCGCCGCCCAAUUCUUUUUAGUAAUUUCGCAAGAGAGAGGAAGGGAACAGCCUGUUUCGAAGACGACCUGACUGUCGAGUAUGUGAAAUUGGUUUCUUUCUCUUUCUCCUUGUUUUUUAUAUCCAUUUAUUUGAGGGAUUAACUUGAAUAGUGUGGUUCUGGUCUCCUCGGUUGGGGCUGACCCCGUUGCAACGUGGGGUUCUUGGGUGGAAGAAGAUUUGCUAGCCCAGAUACCAACGGCAUACGUCCGAUUUUACGAUCACGGUCUAGCAAAUGACGAUGAGGGCUUGGAUGCGCUAGGAGAUCGUUUUCUUCGUCUGUUACAGCAAAAAACACAUAAAUUAGAAUUAAGACCACCUCUGAUCUUACUAUGCCAUGGUAACGGAGGCCUCGUGGUGAAGACUGCUCUAGUCAACGCGCAUCAGAAUCAAAGGUAUCUCGGAAUAGUGCAGUCUUGCAUUGGAAUCAGUUUCUUUUCGGUUCCGCAGCACGGUUCUACGUUCCUCUCUGACCCGGACUUCUAUCAAUCCGCAGUUCAAAUUCCAAAUACUCGCUGGGAACACGACGAUCGCCAACGGAAGCAGAUCAAAGCUCGACUCUAUCUAGCACGUCCAGCGGAGACAUUGAUAGAAGACCUGAGUUCCGCCAUCAAUCUAGAAUCGUUGUCUGAAGCCUUUUCUUCGCUUCUGGAAACGGCACUCAAGAACACCAAAGUCUGGUCGCUAUAUGAAACAGUUUCUGGCGGCUUCCGAUGGACUUCCAGAGAAGCAAAAGUCGACGACCAGCAGAAUUGUGUGGUGCUAGCAGAAUCAGCAACAUUUGGAAUCUCAGAAAGGGGCACGAAUGUUAUGCUUCUUUGUGAUCAUUGGGGAACCGCUUCAUUCGAUACCAUGCAUCCUAAAGACGAGAAAUUUGAUAGUCUUCACGCCUCGAAGAGCAAAGCGGACUUCGUUAGUGAAGUACAGGGCUGUGUCUUUGGUGAACUCUGGCCUUUUGGAGACAUUACGCAGAAAUUGAAGGCCCAAAGUCAUUGCUUUUACAAGCAAUACCCAUAUCACGUAUCAAAUGACAUGUCCUUUGCAGAAAUUCUGGAAGGCGAAAUGAAGACGUUUCUUUAUCCAGAUGAUACGAUCAGCAUUCCGAAUACGUACGAACCAAAUUUUGUCCCAAUAGCUUCCAAGGAUACCAAGAUACCCCGAUCUGUAUUGAAGAAACCGAACCAUGUCAAUGAGUCGCCGACUUCUUAUCAAAGUAAUAAGAGUGUCAGUAACCUGGCAAUAUCAAAGCGGCCCAGAAAUCAAAGGACCGUUUCGCAAGUGGACAAUGCGAAAGCGGUUUUGUUACAAACUGGCGACGGUGUGGUAAAACCAAAAGAUUGUGAGAGCACUGGCUCGACUCAAAGUGUUCUAUAAAGCUGAUCCAAUAUUUUUAUAGCUUAUCAUAAUGCAGGACUGUUUUCCGUCAUGUCAGAAAACGGUAAUUUUAUUGGCAGGCGGAGCAGUUUGCCAAUACACGAGAAAUCUGCCGCUCCGAUUAAUUCAACUGCACGAAAACUAGCCUUUUCGAGAACCGGGCAAAUCUCCCCCACUGCUAAUGAAUCAAAUUCGCCACAGAAUGAGAAUUUCGGAGGCUCCAAGCCCAGAUGCAGAUGGAUUCAUAUCCCAUGUACCCAUACUGGUUGGGCUGAGGUAUGUUUCUUCCUUUCUCAUGCCCUCUAGCACCUCCGGCUGGCUAAUUUAUGGUUCCUUAGGAGAUCAUUCGUGGAUUUGCAGCAGCAACAAACCAGGAGAAACAAUGCGAAGAGAUGCUUCAGGUAAGAUCUUACGCAAACUCAACUCCAACUGGAGACUAUUUUGAAUAUUAAUGGGAAUCAAAAAGGACAAGUUUUGGCUCAAAAGACAAAACUCUGUUACUCAUAACCUCCCACAUGCACGAUACAUGCAUUCGAUGUGCGAAUUUUUCGGCAGCACACCUAACAGCCAGGCGUCCAUAAAGACAGACUCAAAACAAGAUUCUCGGAGAGAGCCUUCGCCCCAUCCAAAAAACAGGGGCAAAUACAGUGGCGUGAGAGAAGUCAUGUACAUACGUAAGUAUUCGAGUCAUAUGUACUGCAACUUGCAGCGAAUUGACGGGUCAUGAUAUCUGACCAUUUCAAACCAGCGUACCUACACUGGGAACCUUUUAGGCAAUUCCGGAGAAGAGAGAGGGUUAUUCAUAACUGUAUAAAACUCGAAACGACGCCUGAUCAACAGAGCACUGAGGAGGAAUCGCGAACGUUUGCAGCGCAAGGAGGACUAAAGCGCCGCAAAGCAGAGGGUACGCUGCUGGCUAACUUCAAGCUGUUCAGCAAGUUGAAGGAGAACUUGAGCGAGUCCCCAGGACUGAGAUUGAUUUGGCAGUGUCUGAGUGAGGAUAAACAGCUUCAUUGUAGGAGGUCACUCGACCAGUAUAUGUAUACGACUCUACCUGAUACGUCAGUCCGGGACCGAGAUCAAAUUCUAUACAAGUCGAGGCAGUUGAAUUCCGGGUAUUCUACCUCUCUUCUCGAGGAAGAGGAGGAUGAUGAUGUUCAACCUCGAGGCUGGGAGAAUGACGAGUCUGACGAAGAAGAUGGUACUCCUGGUAAUGUAUUAGUUGUGGAUCAACUGUGGAUGUUCGUUAUGGAUGAUGGUUAGUUACCUAUUCCCUUCCAUUUACCUCUAGGAGCAAGACCAAUUCUAAUUUUUUAGACACUGUCAUCACAUUUUUCCCACCUAAAGAGGUUGAUAUCAAACCCAAGCCUGGCGGACGUCCUAUCAUGUAUUCUUCUGCAUUGAAAUCCGAAGCCCCUCCUGGUAUUACACCGUUACUGAGAUCCAAAGGGGACAUACAGACUGCAAUACUGAAGGAUUUGGAAACGAAAGCCGAGAUGAUCACUGACAAAUGGGACCUAGCGGCUCUUGUUGUAAAACAUGCCGUUACUGUUCUUUUCGAUAGAUUUGAGACUAAAGAGCCACACGUCAUGACGCAUUUUGGGAGAUACAUUGAAAGACUUGUGAGUACGCCCCAUUUGCUUGAACUAAUCACCGUUGGUUUCAGGGUUUGUACAAGAAGACCCGAGUUUCCCAGAUACGAAUAGUGAAAGACUCUUCUGACGUUUCACAGACUGAAAGUCAAGCACGGUCAUGGUCACGUUUGAAGUUUGGGCGUGGUCGGAGGAUCCGUGGAUCUAGUAGGGACGUACAACAGAUAUUUCAGGAUAUUCGAGACUUGCGCGAACUUCGUGAUGUCGAAGAUGAACUAAGUAUCAUCAAGAAGAUAUUGGACAAGCAACAGACGCAUGUCGGGAAAAUGCAAAAGGAAUAUGGUGAGAGGGUUCAUUUGACCGAGGGGAAUGGAGUGUGGUAUUUGGACGAAGCUGUGAAUAUGAUCGAUAGGCAGCAUGAGCAGAUUACCAGAAUGUUGGAGAAUUUACAGGUCACUAUCAAGGGGGUAAGAAGGAUCGAAAGAGAUGGCAAAGGAAUUCGAGUAAGCUGAUCGUGAGUAGUAUGAUGACCUUAUUUCCUUACAGCAAAAUCAAAUUGCUCUCUAUGAGGCUAUUGAUGCUGGGGAGCAAUCGAGAGCUGUCACAAUAUUUACUGGUAAGAAGAUUGUCUAGAAUCAUGGAAGAGUUACUAAUUCUACUUAUAGUGUUUACCGUCUUCUUUGUUGGUCCACCCUUGAUUCUGUAUACUCUGAAGAAGAGUCUAACUUGACUAGCUUCCCUUAUCAUUCUUCACCUCUUUAUAUGGAAUGAACAUCCAGGAAUGGAGUGGAGAAUCUCAAAACAUAUCCAUGAACUUUAUGCUAUCAACAACACGUAAUUCCCGCACACUCCAUUAUCCUUCCUUGGCUCGUACUAACACAAUCAAGUACCCAUUUCCUUCUGCGUAAUAGCUAUCGCCUUCCUCUUCGCAAACGACAGUCGUGCCCGCUCCUCCUUCGUAGAGGCCUACCAGGUCACGGUCGAGUUCUUCAUUAUAAUUGCAGAAAAUCUUCUUCGUAUCUUCCACCUUCCAACCCUUGCACGAGGGAUCAACAAUCUGUGGAAGCGCUUUAAGCACACGUAUUUUACCCCGCUCAAGAUAUCGUUAAAGAAACAUCGGACAUUGAGAAUAAGAGAGAAGAGGGAGAGGCGGGAGAAGAGUAGAUUUGAGGUGAAAAGAUUGGGGUUGGAGGAGAACUUUCCAAAGGCAGGGAGGGGACAUAGAAGUCCAAGGUCAGCUGAGUUGGUGGAAGGUGAUUUGAGGAAGCGACGAAGCUUAGUGAGAGGAGAAAGAGGGCAAUUGGAAGUCGAGAGAACUAGAGGAGACUAGUGGAAUUCAGAUUGCUUGCGAGGAUGGAAUAUUCCAUCAAAUGUGGAUUUUGUUAGCGACAUCGCAUUGCAGCAUAGACAGAAACAAAUGUUUAUUAUGAGCUAUCAUGUAUUAGAUCCCGGGGAAAGUGACCAGAUCUAGAGCAGAAAAUCAAAUCUUGGGCUUGGACCGCCUGGUUAAUUUUGUCAAAUUAAGGCUUGAUCGAUUAUGUGUAGACAGGCGCUGAAUCCACUGAAAAAAACAAUGGCAUCC